CCCCGACGCACCCCGACGCGCCACUACCCACCAUGGCCGACGAACGAGCGCAGUAUGGACCGAGCCUGAUCCGCAUGUGGAGGGUCUGGCGCACAGCAAAGGAGAUGAUGCACGACCGGGGCUAUAUGGUUGUCGACGAUGACAUGCAGAUGUCGCUGGAGGAAUUUGCGCGGAGAUAUGCGCGCGAAGACGGCGAGCCAGACCGCUCGCGCCUCAACUUCUCCUGCCAGCCCAGCGAAGACAUGCUCCGCCGAUACACCGCCGUCCCUACCAAGAAAGAGUCCGACCCACAGCCCCAGAUCGGCACUAUGUGGGUCGAGUUCAACAGCGACGAGAACGUCGGCCUGAAACAGCUGCGCGACUACAUGGGCCAUCUGCUCAACGGCAACUUCUACUCGGGCAUCAUGGUCACCGUGAAGCCCAUGACGGGCAUGGCCAUCCGACUUCUGCGCGGCUCUGGUAGCAUGAGCGAGGGCCCACGGGGCGGUGUCGAGGUCUUUGUCGAGCAGGAUCUGCUGGUCAACAUCACCAAGCACGAGCUAGUACCCAAGCACGUGCUGCUGAGCGAGGAGGAAAAGGCCCAGCUACUCUCGCGCUACCGAUUGAAGCAGACACAGCUGCCUCGAAUCCAGUCCACGGACCCCGUUGCCAAGUACCUGGGCCUUAGGAGAGGCGCCGUGGUCAAGAUCAUCCGCAAGUCCGAGACAGCAGGACGAUAUGCGAGUUACCGAUGGGUUAUUUGAGAAUUUUGGAAAACAAUUGUUGGCCGUGUGCUGCAGCAAGAGGAUGAGAUGAGACAGGUCAUGUGGGCGAGGAAACAGACGACGAGCACAUCGCGACUACGAGGCCCGUUGCAUGCGUCUCAACAGCGAGACUGAGAGAAACACGUCAUUUGGCGAGGCGUUUGGCGAACAGGAUGGCCCUUUUCCCCCGAAAAGCAAUCGCCGUGUGCGGAUUGGCAUUUGCGAGAGCGAAAGCGAAAAGCAGUUUGGGAGGCUCACAUUUUGCAGGGGCAUGUAUACCACUUUAAACUAUGUUUCAAACCUCAACCUGUCUCUCCCCCAGUCUUGCAUCGAAGUAUGAGCUAACACAAUUGAACUGUGCUUGGUUGGAUAUUGACUUCGUUGAAUAGAUGUCAGAACAAGACUUGGAAGUACAGUACAGCAUUCAUCCAAC